AUGGACCCCACGCCAUCUUUUGAGCUGACGGUGUACCACCAAGGAACCGCGCAUAGCUUCAACCUCCCAUCUACCGCAACACUACAAGACCUAGGCUCCGAAAUCGAAGCAACACUCAACAUCCCGAUCUCAAACCAAAAGCUUCUCAUAUCCCCGAAACCAGGAAUGAAAAAAGCUCCCUAUCCACCAACGCCACUCAGCGAGCUUCCUCUCUCCUCUCCCAAAUUCAAAAUCACUCUCCUCGGCACCCCAGCCAAAGACAUCGCCGACCUCCACAAGCAAUCCUCAGACACCAAAAAACGUGAAGAAGCUCGCCUCUCCGCCCUCGCAGCUGCCCGCCGAACAAAUAAAGCGAACGCAUCCCGCAGCGCCGGUGGUGUCCACACCCUCUCCUCUUCAAGCAAUAACUACACGUUCGCCCGUUGUCUCCCACUCUCCUACCUCCCAAAUCCCGAGCGUUCUCUCCAGUUCCUAGAACGACUCCGCGAUGACCCCGGCAUCCGAGCCGCAAUGACAAAACACAAAUUCUCGGUGCCUCUUCUCACAGAAAUGAACCCCGCAGAGCACACGACCAGCGAAUCGCGCACCCUAGGCCUUAACAGGAAUAAAGGCGAGGUGAUCGAGCUACGUCUGCGCACAGAUGCAUAUGACGGAUACCGUGAUUACAGAACCAUUCGCAAAACACUAUGUCAUGAGCUGGCGCACUGUGUGUUCGGGCCGCAUGAUCGAGAUUUCUGGGAUUUGACAUCGCAAAUUGAGAAGGAAGUUGAAAGAGCGGAUUGGAAGUCGGGUGGCAAUCGAUUGACGCAGGAUGAGUUUUAUAAUCCUGGAGAUUGGGAGAAUGCACAGAAUGGGGAGGGUUUUGUUGAUGAGUGUGGAUGGACUGGGGGUGAGUUUGUGCUCGGGGGUUUGAAAAAUGAGAGUUCGGCUUCUGGAUCUACCGGGUCUGGGGCUGAGUCUAGGAGGGAGAUUAUUGCUCGAGCUGCUGAGGAGAGAAUGAAGGAGGAGGGCAAGAAAGAGAAACCGGAUGAUUCCCGGUGA